AUGCUUCGUCGAUUCCAUUCGUCGGUCAGCGUUACUACGUUUCCUAGUUCAGCUUCUACCGUCAAUCGGGGCAAAUGCAAUAUUAAGAUUGCUCCCUCUGGUCAACAAUCACCUUCGUUCUGUUUAGAUGUAUCAAUAGUUCCUCAAAUAACUGGACAAACACCUCAAACUCCAAUCACGUCAGGGCAUUGGGCCCAUAUGACCGAUCUGUUUCCUUCGGUUCUCCUUUAUGACACGCAGAAGGAUCAACCAGGUGAACCCCUCGCGCUGAACACUGUAUUCGGAUGGGUUCUCAUGGGACCAACAGAAUUUUACGACGGCUCGUCUGUAACUACAUUGUGUUUGACUGUAUCUGAUCCUAUUGAUUCAUUAAUUAAAAAAUUUUGGGAGCUUGAAGAGUUACCCACCACUUUCCAUUUGAGUACUGCUGAUACUGCUGCUGAAGAAAUAUACAACUCAACUACGACUCAGCUAAGUUCAGGCAGAUUUGUCGUUACGCUUCCAUUUCUAAAGCCACGUCCACUGCUUGGUGACUCAAAAACGUUAGCUCUCCAACGGUUCAAGGCCCUCGAAUGUCGGCUCACCCGCAAUAAAAUCUGA